CAUUAGCAAUAGUAGACCCUUCGACCGGGAUGGAGUAGCUGUCAACAAGGCUCGUUAUCUUGUUCAAUGGAUAGUUGCAUAUUGGUAACAAGUUGAACUAUUUAGUCAACAGCUUACGAUUUUUUAAUUUUUUUAUCUAUAGUGCACUCAACGGACUCAUACAUCUAGUGCUUGUGUUUAGCGUAAAUGCUAAUUUUAAUACCGCCGCUACUUUUAGCCUUUUGGUCGCUCGCUCGCGAUUAGUUAUAUCCUCGAAAGCCGGCGUCGUCGUCAUGGGUGAAGUGGAGCUGUCAUGCCGGGCGUACGUCAAGAUGUACCUGCACGCCUGCCUCUUCCCCCGUUGCAGCGUCAACGGGGUGCUGUUGUCUUCCACCUCGGCAGGGGGCGCUGUCUGCGUGACUGACUGCGUACCGCUGCUGCACUCGCACCUGUCCCUGGCGCCCGUCACCCAGCUGGCACUCACACAGGUGGACGUGUGGUGCUCGCAGACCCGGCAAAGGAUUGUGGGAUACUAUCAAGCCAACGCCUGCGUGUCAGAUUGCAGUCCAACGCAAGGAGCCUUGAAGAUCGCCGACAAGAUCGCCGAACAGUUCGACGGCGCCGUUCUGCUCAUGCUGGACGGGAGCAAAAUGUCUCCCGACUACCGUGUCCCUCCCAUCGUCAUGUACGAACGCAAAGACUCGAGGUGGACGCUGAAGGACAAGCACACGAUCAUGCUGAGGCAGUGGGAGGAGACCCGCGCCAUCGCCAGUCAGAUGUUGGAGUCGGGCGACCACUCGCUCCUGGUGGAUUUCGACAGCCACCUGGAUGACAUCACCAGAGACUGGACCAAUCAGAAGCUGAACGCCAAGAUCGUCGAGCUGUCCUCGCCGGCCAACGGAAACAUCUAGAAGUGGGGGACGAGUGCUUCGAGUAAUAUAUUACCGUUUUUAUUGUUAACACGGAGGGUCGAUGGCACAUUGAAGCCUUUUCAUUGUUUUGUCUUUUUGUUUUAUUAACACGAGGUGAAAAAUGAUUUCAAGGACAUGUAAACACAUCCCAAGAUGACUCCACUCCACAUUUCUCCCUCGGGGAUUUAUCUUUCAACCAUGACAUAAAAGCACCCUAACAUUUCAGUGAGCAUGUUUAAUAAAAAUAAGUGAACACGU